CCUCCUCCCGCGGCGGGGCCGGGCAGGGGCAGCGGCAGCGGCGGGGCCAUGCCGGAGCACAGCACGCUGCUCCACCUGCUCGCCGGAGGAUGUGGUGGCACAGCUGGAGCCAUCCUGACCUGUCCCCUGGAAGUGGUGAAGACACGUCUGCAGUCAUCCCAGCUGGCACUGAGGCCUCUGUGCCUCCCAGAGAUACAGCUGCCAGGGAUGAGUGUGAGGCUGAUCAAUCCCACCCCACCAUCCCCUGGAGUGCUCAAGUUGCUGAGGGCCAUCCUUGAGAAGGAAGGCAAACGGUCCCUGUUCCGAGGUCUGGGUCCGAACCUGGCUGGGGUUGCUCCUUCCCGGGCUAUAUAUUUUGCUGCCUAUUCUACUGCUAAGGAGAGGCUUAAUACUGUCCUGGUACCGGAGUCCAAGAAAGUACACAUAUUAGCAGCAGCUUGUGGAGGCAUUAGCUCAGCCACACUCACCAACCCCAUCUGGUUAGUGAAAACCAGGAUGCAGCUGGAAGCCAGGGUAAAGGGGAAGAUGGCCAGCAGCGCUCUCCAGUGCGCCAUGCACGUGUACCGCACUGAAGGCCUGCGUGGAUUUUACCGUGGGGUCACUGCCUCCUAUGCUGGAGUGUCAGAGACCAUCAUCCACUUCGUCAUCUACGAAGCACUGAAAAAGGAGCUGAGAAACAGCCAGCAUUCCCAUUCCCCAUCACUCCCACUUCCACCGAGCAACAGCGAUUUCUUGGCACUGAUGGGCGCUGCUGCUGUCUCCAAAACAUGUGCUACGUGCAUCGCAUAUCCCCACGAGGUGGUUCGGACGCGGUUGCGAGAGGAGGGGUCCCGGUACCGUUCCUUUGCACAGACUCUGCAGCUCGUGGUCCGUGAAGAGGGACCCUCGGCGUUGUACCGGGGGCUCCUGGCGCACCUGAUCCGCCAGAUCCCAAACGCAGCCAUCAUGAUGGCUACCUAUGAGCUCAUCGUACAUCUGGCCUCUUCCACCUUGGUCUGUAAACCCAGACUAAGAAGAUCCAGGGAAGAAGCACAACCUGCUCUGGAGCACUAUCCUAACAAAUCAUGCUACUGCUGGACUCAGAGCCAUGCUGUGCUAGUAUCUGCUGUGUUUCCAUCCCCUGCAUGCUCAGCAGAAAGAGGAAGAUGCCUUCUUCCUCCAGAAGUGCUGGGGCUGUUCUAAAAGCUGGAAUCCCUGGUAUAAAAAAUACUCUAUCAUACUGAUAAAGAAAGCAGAUCGUGCGAGAAGAUGGAUGAAACUGAGAUUUGGCCUGUUUCUGCUGAUACACUAAGUGUAUGGAAAGAACGUUAUUUAUUUUGUUUUCCUGUGUUCAAGAAUUCAGUUUGCUACAUGUGCUACGUUUGCCUGUGACAGGCUUGAGUGCCUUCUGUUCCUCUGUGGGUCUCUAGCACUGAGUCCUGGGGAAGGCUACAUUGUGUUUACAAGUUUUUUGGCUCUCAAAAAGGCAGGGAAUAGGGUCCUGAGUGAUGUGUUUUUCUUGUUUCAUCACAUGCUAAAAAAUGUAACCCUUCCCCGAGAUAAGGUAGUAAUUUCAGUAAACACGUGCUCUGGACAACCUCCAGUUUCAGGUUAGAGGCUACGCUAUUUCUUUCCCUGGUAGUAGUGAAAAACUGCAGAAGUCCUGAAUGUUUUAUUUGAAAUCCAUUUAUUUUAAAAUCCACUUUGUUUCCUCAUCUUUCUUACCUUCAUUCAUUUAGUAUUAGGAAUAUUGACAAUUUUACAAAGCGACACAAAGCUGCAGUGGUUUGUUGGUUGGUUUUUUUUUUUUGUUGUUUUUUUUGCAUGAAACGAGAAUAAACCUCAAAUGACAACAUUGAAAAAAUAUACAA